AUGGCAGAGAAAGAAGAUGUGUGUAGGCAUGAAGUGAUGAUUAGAGAGGUGAUUGGAGUGGGUAUGGCACUAAGAGGAAAAUGGGUUUUGAUUCCCCUGUAUUUCUUUUGCCUCAUUCCGAUUUGCAUCUGGGCGGCGAAGGAAGUAAAGCCGCCACAACAGCAGAAGCUGCGGUUCGGGGAAAACGGAGAGUUCAAGAUCUUGCAGAUUGCUGACUUGCACUAUGCUAAUGGGAAGACAACUCACUGCUUGAAUGUCUUGUCUUCUCAGUAUGCAUCUUGCUCUGACCUCAACACCACCGCCUUCAUCCAAAGGAUCAUCCUUGCUGAGAAACCCAACCUUAUUGUCUUCACUGGGGAUAAUAUAUUUGGAUAUGAUGCCUCGGAUCCGGCUAAAUCAAUGGAUGCGGCAUUUGCACCUGCGAUCGCAUCAAACAUUCCUUGGGUAGCUGUUUUGGGCAACCAUGACCAGGAAGGAUCCCUCUCUAGGGAAGGGGUGAUGAAAUAUAUUGCUGGGAUGAAAAACACUUUAUCUAUAGUCAAUCCUCCCGACUCACACAUGAUUGAUGGUUUUGGGAACUAUAACUUAGAGGUCGGAGGAGUUGAAGGAACUGAUUUUGAAAAUAAAUCAGUGCUCAAUCUCUACUUUCUUGACAUUGGAGAUUACUCCAAGGUUCCUUUUAUUCAUGGCUAUGGCUGGAUCAAGCCCUCUCAGCAACUUUGGUUCCAGCGGACUUCUCAAAAGCUUAGGAAAGAAUACAUAAAUGGACCAGUGCCUCAGAAAGAACCUGCUCCUGGUCUUGCAUACUUUCACAUCCCAUUACCUGAAUAUGCUAAUUUUGAUUCAUCAAACUUCACAGGUGUGAAACAAGAAGGCAUAAGUUCUGCUCCUGUGAAUUCUGGCUUUUUCACAACAUUGGUAGAAAUGGGAGAUGUGAAGGCAGUUUUCACUGGCCAUGAUCAUGUCAAUGAUUUCUGUGGCAAGUUAACAGGUAUAAAUCUUUGUUAUGCUGGGGGGUUUGGAUAUCAUGCUUAUGGAAAAGCUGGAUGGUCAAGGAGAGCAAGAGUGGUGGUAGUUAGCUUGGAGAAAACAGAGAAUGGUCGUUGGGAGGAUGUCAAAUCAGUUAAAACGUGGAAACGCCUUGAUGAUCAAAAUCUUACUGGUAUUGAUGGUCAGGUCUUAUGGAGCAAGAAUUUUGGAAGCAACCGCAGGAAAAAACAAGAUGGUGGCUCUUGA